AUGGAGAGCAAAGCAGCCUUUUGCAGACGAGUGAACGAACUCAUGUUCAUGCGGCAGGGAAAGUGGACUCAGCACCAGGCCAGGCUGCUGAAUGUCACCUGGACGGACGGGCUUCCCGCCGAAGCGAUGAUGAACAGGUUGUGGUUCCCGGAACAUGGAGAUGAAGUAGUUGAGCAAGACAUCUUAUCCGACCCAGGCCACGUCCAACUUCGACGUUCCUGCAUGGCUUUCCUCAGGAGAAUCGAUCCCAAGCUGUUGGGCUCCAGUGCUGAAGCCCAGCAGGCUUGCAACCGGCUGUCUCUGAAUAUACUGAUGCGGUCCCUCAUUCGUCAGAAAGAGAUUGAAGCUUUGCGUGUUUGUGACCCAUUGAUACUGCAGUUCGAAUUCAACAAAGUCAUCAGCCAAAUACAGGCUGACGGAGGUAUUUUCAGGAAGGUAGCACGGGGUGGAACACCAGAGGACCCAGUGGUUUUGAUCUCCACCCCGCAGGAAGAGAAGUGUCACGAUGUACUUCCCUCAGAACUCCCUUUGUUCCUGGUCCAGGCGGUGGUCGCCUUUCAGCGUAAUCCUGACUUCAUUAACCAUACAGCAUAUGUGAUCAGAAUGUCUGGAACAUCAGUGCAACUUGCUAGCGCAAAUAUCUCUGUUGCCUCUCUUGAACGGAUGCAGCAAGGGGACACCACCCACCAAAAGAUGGAGAUCCGCCAAUCAGUGUGGUAUAAUACCCUCAUACCAGACCAGCAGAGGAAACUAAUUCGGCUGUUUUUGGCGCUGUUGAACCAGUUGGAUGCUUGUGUACAGAUCCAGAGCUCGACGGCGAAGAAAUGAAAAUGGGCCCUUGAGCGGAGUCGAAGCUUGAAGGUAAGGACGUAGCCGGUAGGCAUCUAGCCCUUUCAUCCUUCUGAAAGACUUCCCCGGCAGCUAGUGAAUUAGUGCUGGCUUGGAAAACCGAACAGCACUAGCUAGCUGCUAGUCAGCCUUAAUUGAUGUCUCUUAAGCAUUCUUAUGACUGGGGCAGCCAAGUUAGCUCUUCGCGGAGGCGUGUGGAGUAGCGGUACUCUUUUGGUACAAGGUCUUUGUAUCUCGACUGGUGAGGCGGGAGAUCUACAUACAUGGGCCAAGGCGGAUGGGAUGUAAAUAAAGGUUCUUUUAUCAAUCUAACGAUGUAUCUACAAGUUU